AUGACGUGUCGCAGUACUCGUCUAUUUGAUUUUCAGAACUUUACCACGCCAACAUUGCGCAAUCAACUAUAUUUUCGAGGUGCGAAAGCUCAUCUAAAGAUGACAAUCAGUGUUGAUAUCAUUGGUGGGACGAAAAACUUAAACGACGGAAAUCGAAUUCCUAUGAUUGGGCUGGGAACUGCGAGAAACGUUAAUCAGGAAAGCAUCGACAUUUCUGUCAAAGUUGCGCUUGAAGCUGGGUACCGUUUAUUUGAUACAGCUGAACAAUACGCAAACGAGACAGAGCUUGGGAAUGCUUUGGAGAAGAACUUGCCAAAAACUGGGCUCAGACGAGAACAAAUAUUCAUUACCACCAAAGUACAAACUAAAGACAAAGAUGCAUCAAACUGGGCAGAACAAAGUGUCAAAGAGUCACUCAGAAAACUGAAAACAAACUACCUCGAUAUGGUACUUGUGCAUUAUCCUCGAGAUAGAUAUACCGGAAAAGAUGAAGCUUUUGAACUCAAUAAGAAAGGAAGGAAAGAAGUAUGGCAGAAGCUAGAAGAAUUGAAAGGAGUCUCAAAUUAUGAAGUUUAUCAUCUAGUGGAACUAUUGCAAUAUGCGAAGCAUCGUCCUGUAAUGGAUCAAUAUGAGUUUCAUCCGUACUUUACAAGGCCAACUCUGACCAAGUUCUGCGAAAGAAAUGGGAUAUUUGUGCAGGCGUUUUCCUCGCUUAUGUUCGGAAACAAGGAAAUACAACAAGAAGAGACUAUCAAACAUUUGUGCAAAAAAUAUGCAGUCAGUCCCCAGAUAAUUCUUUACGCAUUUGGAGUAAAUUCUGGAGUUGGAAUCAUUCCAAAGUCGGCAACCCCAACGAGGAUAUUCGAGAACCUACAUAAAGUAGCAGCGAUCACCUUUUCGGAAAGCGAAGUAAAAACCUUGAAUAAUCUCGAUCGAAACGCUGCCUUUUGCCCAGGGUGCUUUCCAUGGAGAUGCCUCUGA